GCGAGUGAGGACGCAUCAUGGAGACAGCAGCUGCAUUAGGCACCAAGAAUGAAUAGAACAGAACGCUAUGGAUAACUGACCUGAGACAUAUUGACAACAUGUCUCACAAUCACUUUCAUUGUAUCGAUUAACAAUGACGCACAUUGUAACACAUUAAGGUAUUAUAAUAUUGUGGAAUGGCUGUAUUCAAGCGACUAAACGAAAAUAAAUGACGCUUUUAUUAUGUAUCGAGGACAGGUACAUCUGAUUAGGCAGAAACGUCAUUCAGCUACUGUCAAACGACCCUGCACGACGCAGGAAGACAUUAACGGUAUAUUGAAAUUUGACUAGAGUAAGUGAUGAACUCGUCUGGUUUGGAAAACCUAACCGAAUUUGGAUCAUGGUAUGUCAACGGAACGGAUUUCGGGGAAGAAAACCAGAAACUUUUGUUUGGGAUUGGCAUGGACAACUUCAUUACUCUUCUGGUUUUCGGACUCAUCUUCACGCUUGGAGUGUUGGGAAACUCCAUGGUCAUCACGGUACUGGCACGUAGUAAACCCGGGAAACCACGCAGCACCACUAACAUAUUUAUCCUCAACCUAAGCAUCGCCGACCUGUCUUAUCUACUUUUCUGCAUUCCUUUCCAGUCAACCAUCUACAUGAUGCCGACAUGGGUUCUGGGUGCCUUCAUUUGCAAGUUUAUUCAUUAUUUCUUUACUGUUUCCAUGCUGGUCAGUAUUUUCACCUUGUCCGCAAUGUCGGUGGACCGCUACAUUGCCAUUGUUCAUUCCAGAAAGUCAUCUUCUAUCCGGGUGGCGAAGCACGCCUUUAUUGGAGUGGUGGUUAUUUGGAUACUGUCUUUGGCAAUGGCAGCGCCAGUCGCGGUUAUUCACAACAUAUACCAGAGAGGCGAAAAUCACAAAUAUUGCUGGGAAGUGUGGCCGGAUCAAAAUCAAAAGAAAGUCUAUGUUGUGUGCACGUUUGUUUUUGGAUAUGUUUUGCCUCUGCUGCUUAUUUCUUUCUGUUACGCUAAGGUUUUAAAUCACCUGCACAAAAAACUGAGAAACAUGUCAAAAAAGUCAGAGGCUUCGAAAAAGAAGACUGCCCAGACGGUUCUUGUGGUGGUGGUGGUGUUCUGCCUGUCGUGGCUCCCCCAUCACGUGGUCCACUUGUGGGUGGAGUUUGGCAACUUCCCCUUGACCCAGUGGUCCUUUGUGUUCCGGGUGGCGGCCCACUGCCUGGCUUACAGCAACUCUUCUGUCAACCCCGUGAUCUACGCGUUCCUCUCCGAGAACUUCAGGAAGGCCUACAAGCAGGUGUUCCGGUGUCAGAUCACCAGCAGCUCCCCUCUCAAUGAACUCAAGGAGUUCCGCAGCAAGGUGGACAACACACUGCCCUUGACCAACUGCACCAACGUCUGAAAUGAGUUCUCAGCGGGCCCACUCGUCCUCAGCAUUGAUCUCCAAACCUCUCGUCUCCUUCCACAAUUUCUGUUGUUGACCUGAACUGGCACAUCUGAUUCACUAAUCAAGGGCUUUGUGAUUAGUAGACAUGUUAAAUCAGCUGUGCUAGCUCGUGAAUAGUUCAGAUACUUUGAACAGCUACCCCCUCAUGGCAAGAGGUUUGAGAUGAUGACUGUUUAUUUCGGGGGAGUCUGUCUGAGACUUAAAUCGAUGAGGUUUCAUGUUUGGCUCCAGAGAACGAUGGGGAUGAAUUAUUGUAGGCUAGGAAUGUUGAUGAUACUUGGAUAUAAGCUCAAGCCGCACGGUUCCAAGUCAGCGCUGUUCUGUCAUCUGAAACUUGAUUUUCCCACCACAAUUAACAAAAUGAUAUGUAUAGUGAGCCGUUUUCUUUCUUUCAUUCUCUACCCCCAUCUCUCUCUCCACAUCUCUCCCUCUCUUGAAACACAGGGAUUUUGCUGAGUCUAACUCUCAGGAAAAUGUCAUUGAAUUCGAUAUUUCACAGAUUCAUCUCAUUACCCAUAAAAGAUGUGAAGGAUUAGUAAAUUACCUAAUUACCUAUUGUUUGCAGGUAUUUUGUGCAUGUGUGGUUCUUGUUAACUCUGUAUUUCUGCUCUCUUAGGUAAAUAAGUGGCAUAAAUAUAUAUUAGGGGUGUAACGGUACACAUAUCUAUAUCAUACUGUUUGGUACAGGACGUUCAGUUCGGUACGCGUUGUGAUCCAAAUGAAUAUAGGCUAGUUUUAACCACACACGUUACUUUUUUGUGUGGGGAACUGACAUUUGAAACUCAGAUAUUCCCCCCGGAGACGGAUCAUGGAGCCGUAACUUAGCAACUGAAGUAGCCUAGAACAUGUAACGCAACCUCGUAAAUAAAUAUGGUGAACACAAACGACAAGCCAGAGCUUGAGGACCCUCCUCUAUCCUUCAGGUAUCCUGUUAGGGAAAAUUACAACUAUCCAGUUAAAGCUCCACUAAUUAGGAUUUGUUCACUAAAAUAACUCUCAUUUUGUCCCCUAUAAACAUGUUGUGUAAGCUCAUGAGGCCCUCAAACAGUUGUUUAGCAACACAGACAGUUCAGUGCCAGUGAAAUGUUAAUUUAUACAUUUUGGAGCCAGCCGUUACUUUCCAGACAUUACGGUUCCAGCAAUCCUGGUCUCUAUCUGGUGGGCUUUCCUCUGUGGUUUAUUUUGUGAACGUGCAUUUUACCUGGAGGAUAUAUAUAUAUAUAUAUAUAUAUAUAUAUAUAUAGGAGCAAAGUUGGCUUACUGUAAGAAAGUAAAAUGGCAGCUAGAGACCAGAUAGACAAACUGCCAAUUCUUCCUUUGUCUACUACAGCAUACACUACGAAAACUGCAAAGAAGGGAAAGAAGAUCUCUUUAUAGCUAGCAAUCAGGAACCCUAAGCUAAAGUUAUCAAGGCUAACAAUAGAGUUAGCGCUUUUUUUAGAACAGGUAAUUCUAUUUUUCAUAUUAUUAUUCUGAACUUCAUUCUCUAUCGGGCAUUGGUGCGGAACGGUUUUCUGACUGGUGAGUAAUUGCAAAAUGUUGUUUUUUAUUUAAAAAUCCUACAUAGUGCAGCUGUAACGACAGUGGCAAUGGGCAAAGUUUAUAACUUCAUAAUAAAAAGAAAUGUUAUGUUUGGCAUGUCUUUUUCCACUGUACCAAAAUCAUUCCGAACUUUGACUUAAGAUUUGUGGUAGGUACCGAUCCGUUACUUUUGCAUACUGUUACACCCCUAAUAUACCAAUCAGCCAUAACAUUAUGACCACUGACAGGUGAAGUGAAUAACACUGAUAAUCCUG